AUGGAUUCCUCUUCGUCUGUUCCAGGGCUGGGCUCCGUGGACCCACAACUGCAGCAUUUCAUCGAGGUGGAAACUCAGAAGCAGCGAUUUCAGCAGUUGGUGCACCAAAUGAUUGAACUAUGCUGGGAAAAGUGCAUGGACAAGCCUGGGCCCAAAUUGGACAAUCAAGCCGAAACCUGUUUCAUGAACUGCAUGGAGCAUUUUAUUGACACAAGCCAAUUCAUCCUGAACCGAUUGGAGCAGACACAGAAGACCAGGCCAGCCUUCGCAGAAAGCUUGUCUGACUGAUCUCUGCACAACUCUCUCCGUUUUCAAAAGAACUUUAUAGUUCGAGAAAAAGUACUGUGAUGGGAUGGUUGUAAAGGAAAAGGCUGUGGGGAGAUUGGCUUGCAGUUUUUAUCCCAGCCUUUUGGGAUGUAUGGUCAUGUGAAUGAGCAAAGAAUGGUUUUGUGAGUUUGGGGGUUGUGUUUUGUUUUAAAUGCCAGUUUUAUGAAAAUUU